AUAAUUAAAGGUCGACUGAACAUGAAUUAUAUUAUACAAUUUAAAGCGCAUUUCUGUUUAUGCACGUGAACCCGUCUAACGUUAUUUUCGCAGUUAUAUAAAGUAGCAAAUUAUCGUUCCUGAAUAGGUGGCGCCGUGGUAGCGGAUCCUGUUCCUCUUCUUCCGGUUUCUGUGCAACUAUUUCAGUUAUAUUUUUAAUUAACGAUGCCAAGUACUUGUUGUUGUGUACCUGGAUGUCAUUUAAGAGGAGGACAUGCAUUUCCAAAUGACUUAAAUAGAAGGAAAAGUUGGAUCAACGCCAUGGCCCAUUCGCAGAUUGGACGAGAACACGAUGAUAUCGUGGAGUCCAUCUCAAUCAGCUGUUGUUUGCAAGGCACGUUUUACUGAAAAAGACUACGUGCAGGAAACUAUUAAUGGGCGCAAACCCACCAUACAGAGACUUAAGUCUACUGCAAUUCCCAGCCUAUUUUCCUGGACCAAGCAAGAGACUGAAUCGUCCGCAAAAAGAAAAAUCAGGGCAGUUUCCUGUGAAAACAAAAGAACUAAACUUGAUGAAUAUUGUAGUAGAAAUCUAGAGGAAAGUUUUGAUUGUAAAGUUGGUUUUCCUGAAGAAGUCAUUCAUACUGCAGAAAGGAUUUAUGACUGUCCACCACCAACUGCCGAGCUAAUGUUGAGCUUCACAGAUGGAAUUACGGAAACACCAUCAAUGCCUAUGUUUUCAGCAGAGAAUUUUGAAAUGAAGACACGUGACACAGCCAUGCAUUUUUAUACCGGUUUAGAGUUGUAUACUAAAUUUUUAUUUGUUUUGACCACACUUGGUCCAGCAGCACAUUGUUUGAGAUACAUAUAUUUUCAAAUUGAUAGGGUGUCAGUUGAAAAUCAGUUUUUUUAUGACUUUGAUGAAAUUGAGGCAUCAUACAACCAACUUUGAACUGUCUAGAUUUUAGAUUGAAUCUAGUGUUAAGAAUAUUGUGUAUACAUGGAUUAUUUUUAUGUCUAAACAGUGGUGUGAGGCUAACACUUGGCCAUCUAGUGGUUUAGUCAGGUAUUUUUCACCAUCCAACUUCAAAUUAAAGUUUCCUACGACUUGGAUUAUUAUUGACAGCACAGAAUAUCCCGUGAUAAAACCUAAAGCUCCUAGAGCUCAGGCAACCUUUUCAUCAAAUAAAAACAGAAACACUGAAAAUUCUUGAAUGUUCGACACCUGGUGGUUUAGUCAACUAUGUCUCUAUGUCACAUAGAGCGAAUUAUUGGACUUGGCAAAACAUACAAAAUUCUAAUAAAUCCUAUGAAUGAAACUGAAACAAAACUUUCAUCUGAAAUAACAUUUAGUUGUUGUAUGUUGUGUAAUUUUAGAACUUGUAUUGUGCCAAAGGAUGCAUAAAUAAAAGUGACGCAAUGAA